AUGGCAUCAGCGUACAGAUCAGCCAUGCGCUCCGGCAGCGACUCCGACUCAGAUGAGCCAGGCUCAGAGACGUCUGCAACCAGCAGCAACACUGUUCGCGCAGAUUCACCGAGCGGAGAGGAAAACGCGGCAAAGCAGACCAAGAGCAAUGGUCUUUCACAACUGCCUUCGGAGAUCAGGAAUCGCAUCCUGAUGCUCACUUCCCGGGGGGUUUCAUAUCGACACCGACAUCUUUUGAACGACCUCCAUUCCCUCCUUCCCCACACCUACAAAGACACGAAGCUGGACACCAAAUCUUCUGGCAACUACAACUCUGCUCUAAACGGCCUCGCCGAUCUGCACUCCUGUAACUACAUUUUCUUUCUCGAGGCGCGCAAACGGGGACAAGACUUGUACCUUUGGCUUGCGCAUGCGCCUAAUGGCCCGACCGUCAAAUUCAGCGUGACGAAUGUGCAUACCAUGGCGGAGCUGGGGUUCGGCGGCAACUGUCUGAAGGGCGGGAGGGGUAUCGUGGUCUUCGACAAGAGCUUUGACGAAGAGAUACCGGGCCAGGAAUACCGAUCGCUGUUGCGGGAGAUGUUUCGUGGAGUAUUCUGUGUGCCGCCAAAGGGCGUACGUGGGGUGAAGCCAUUCGUUGACCGAAUCAUUGGGAUAUACGGACUUGACGGCAAGAUCUGGAUCCGCGUCUACGAGAUUCGCGAGAACGAUCCUCGCACAGCCGACAAAGAGCAUGCCAAGGGAGGCGACAUGUCACUCGUCGAAAUUGGACCGCGGUUCGUUCUUACUCCGGUGGUUAUCCUGGAAGGUAGCUUCGGUGGUCCGGUCAUCUUCGAGAACAAACAGUUCGUCAGCCCUAACGCUCUUCGUGCGGAGACGAGGGCGCGAAGAGCCAACAAAUAUGCGGUCCGAAGGGGAGGUGCAGAAGACCUUGCUGUCAAGAGGAAGACGUUGGGUUUGAACACCGGAUCAAAGCGGAAGAGAUUGGCAACAGACAACGCAACAUUGUUUGGCUGA